AUGGAAAAUAAGUGGUCAUUUACGAGGGAAGCUGCUGCUAAUGCUGGUGUGUCUGGUGGUGUAGGACCUGCUGCUAAUGCUGGUGUGUCUGGUGGUGUAGCCUUGUGUCUGGUGGUGUAUGUGUCUGGUGGUGUAGGACCUAAUGCUAGUGUGUCUGGUGGUGUAGCUUAUGUGAGGCUGGUGCUAAUGCUAGACUGUGUCUGGUGGCGUAGAGCUGUGUCUGGUGGUGUAGUUUUUGCUGCUAAUGCUGUUGUGUCUGGUGGUGUAGGGCCUGCUGCUAAUGCUGGUGUCUCUGGUGGUGUAGCACGAUUUCUCUUUCUGAUAUACAUACUUCUGCAGAAAGCUGUUCGAUCUGCAAAUUGCUCCUCCAAGCAUUUCAGCACUGCCGCAAUGAUGAUGACGGAAAUAUCGUUACAAAGCGAACACGGUUGGCACUUAGAGCAGAAGCAGGAGGCCCGCGUCUUCUGCGGUUUUGUACAGACCCACAAACAAUACUUAUUGCAUAUCCUUGUCACAGAAUACGCUGUUCAUACUGAGUCUAGCGCCCCAAUUGGCCUCCCAAUCCUACCUGAACCUGAUAGCCCUGCACGAUUUUCACUGCUCCGCGCAUGGCUUCGUUGGUGUGACGAGUCCCACGGUUGUAACGAGUACCAAGGUGAAUCCAAGAGAACACUGCCGACGAGAGUCCUCUACGUUGGUGAUCUAAAGGAUUCAGGUUAUGCUUCAGAUUUUGUGCGUCUGGUUUGUGCCUCGGAAACAAGCAGGCAAGAAUACGUCGCAUUGUCUCACUGCUGGGGCAACCUCCCAGUCGAAAAGAAGAAAGCGCAUUGUACAACCCAGGAUAAUAUUGGCCAACGGUUGGAAGGAUUCAGUCUCUCUGAACUACCGAAGACUUUCCAAGACGCUGUUAAAGUGACCCGAGAAAUUGGCGUUCUAUAUCUCUGGAUCGACUCACUCUGCAUCAUCCAAUACGGGGAUAACGGUGAGGACUGGAAAUGUGAAUCUGGCCAAAUGGAACGCGUCUUUUCGCACGCUUACUGCACAAUCGCUGCAACUGCGGCUGUUGACUCCAACGCAGGGUUCCUUAGGCGGGGCGUGAACCCUGGGUAUGUCCAUGUUCAAGAUGCCUCAGGCAAGCAAUUCUACAUCAGCGCUGAUAUAGAUGAUUUCGACAAUGAUGUAGGCAAGGCUCAGCUUAACACGCGAGCAUGGGUAUUGCAAGAGGGGGUUUUAGCACGACGAACUAUCCACUUCAGCGCCAAUCAGAUGUACUGGGAAUGUGGGGAAGGGGUUUACUGCGAAAACCUUACUAGGCUGGAAAGGGAUAAGUACUUCAUGCUCGAUCCAGACUUCCCGAGCCGGCUCCUUAAUUCAGGCAUUCGACGUAUCCUAAACUGCAUCUCCUUUAUUUUCCAGGAUUACUCGAAGCGGAACCUUACAGUCUCGACUGACAGAUGUAUUGCCAUAUCUGGACUGGAGGAUCGUAUCGCAGGCGCCUUAAAGUGUCAAAGCAGAUAUGGCAUCUUACAGAAGUACCUUCACAGGAACCUCCUCUGGCAGGCAUCUAACGACAAGAUGAAGGAGAUUGUGUACGACCAUCAUGUGCCAUCUUGGUCAUGGAUGGCAUAUAGUGGAGGCAUUCAGUUCAUGGACAUCCCCUUGGGCAAAGUUGAUUGGAUUGAUCACCUCUGGUUCGAUGAGGAGUGCGAAUGCGACCAUGCCAUAAUCUCCAACCUAUGGACAUUUCAGAACUGUACGAUGGGACUCUAUGAGGCACAGUAUGCAGUCUUGGAUUCUGAUGGAGCGAAAAGAGGGUGGAUACAGUAUGACGGUAAGGGCGGUAAAGAUCUUCACAAAGAACAAUGUGUUGUUGUAGGAAGGAAGAGCAAUAGAGAUAUUGAGGAGUACUAUGUACUAGUCGUCAGGCCGACUAGUGUGGAUGGCGAGUACAGGAGGGCUGGUGUUGGGUUGAUUCAGAGUGACUGCGUGGUGGUACAGAGGAUCAACAUACGAGUCGUGUAA